AUGGAUAAUUUAGUUAACCCUCACAUCAUGAACAAAGAUUUCCAAUGGCUUCAAUCAUUCCUUCAUUCCGCUCAAUUUGAACGAACCUCCUUACGACAAUAUGCAGUCCCAAGAUCUUCACAAAACAUUAUAAUCGACCUAAAUGUUGACGACAACCCAAAAAUUGGAUACCCUGCUAUCGAGCUCGACUUAAAUCAGUUUUUUGAAGAUGAUGACGCAGCUAGGUCCGAUUCAUCUGUGGAAGAGGUAAUUGGCCAGCAAGCUAAUGGUGGAGAAGGAAAUAGAGACAUAGAAGAGGUACUUCAAGGGCAUGUAACAUCGAGUCGAAAAGAGUUUGAUGGCGUCAAUGGGUACCGUUCGAUUGGAGUGAAGGAUUGA